CACCCUUCUCCUCCCACCCUUCUCUUCUCCUCCCACCCUUCUCUUCUCCUCCCACCCUUCUCUUCUCCUCCUUCGUGUCAGAACCAUGUUUCCUCUGACGCUCCUCGGCCUGCUCUUCAUCACGGCACGAACAGACCACAAGAAAAAGAAGGGGACAAACCAGGCGGCGACCAAAGAGGAAACGCCAUCGAAGUAUGACUCCAUGUUCCAGAGAGGAGACCUGCUGGAGGUACCCCGGACGUUGUUCACUCAUUUUGGGAUCUACCUGGGCGGCGGCAGGGUGGCCCACCUGAUACCUGACAUACUACCUGUGUUGUCAGAUGAUGAGGAGGCUCUCAGACAGACGGUCACCAAUAAUAGACUGAUACUGGGGGUCAUCGCUAAGUGUGCCAGUGUGAGGGUGGACACUGUGGAGGACUUUGCCUACGGCUCAGAGAUUAUUGUGAACCCCAUGGACAAGGUGUGCAGUCGCCCCCCACUGAAAGGAGAGGAAGUGGCAGACAGGGCAGAGAAGCUCCAGGGCUCCACGGCCUACAGCCUCCUGUGGUAUAACUGUGAACACUAUGUCAUGUACUGUCGAUACGGCACCUGCAUGAGCUUCCAAACCUUCCAGUUCUGUAAGACAGUGAAGAAGUUCAUUCUGAGCCAGAGGAGUGCCAAGGUGACAGCGGUGUUAGGCCCAGUGCUAGUGCUCUAUCUGGGGGUCAUGUCUCUCUACUCAGCCCUGGUCAUUGUCCUGGUUCCCUUCAUUAUCUGGAUGGCUUCCUAGACACUUGGAGGGAAGGAAGGAAGGAGGGAAGGGAAGGAAGUAAGUAAUUAAGUAAGGAAGUAAGGAAGGUAGGAAGGAAGUAAGGAAGGAAGGAAGGAAGGAAGGAAGGAAGGAAGGAAGGAAGGAAGGAAGGAAGGAAGGAAGGAAGGAAGGAAGGAAGGAAGGAAGGAAGGAAGGAAGGAAGGAAGGAAGGAAGGAGGUUUGAAGUAAAUCCGCAUUGUUUUACAAAAAUUAUUUGCAGUCUGUUAAAGAUAACUGGACACUGCACAAAGAAGCAGUGAGUAGGGGAAUGUAGAUUACAGGAUGACCAGACAGACAUAGGGUUUCUUCAAUAACUAGUAAUAAUAAUUUGCCCCUGCUUCAUAAGGCCUAGUAAUGAUGCCAAUACAUGUGUUUACACCCUGUGUUUUAAUUGAAUUGAUUAAUUACAUAAGUGUGAACGGUAUACUAUUUUGACCUGUAUAACAGUGAAUUAUGUUACUAUAAAUAAAAUAAACAUUUAAAAUGGU